UCGUCAUCGAGUCUCUUCCUUGCGUCGCACAAUACAGGCAGAUAGAGACAGAGAGGGGGCGGAAGUUCAAAACUUCAAAUUGGUCCACAGUAAAAAAAUAAAUUAAUAAAAAAACCAAACACCGCACAUUGUACAUCAGAAAGCGAGGGCAGCGCCGCUGACAGACAGACUCCUCGUUCUCUCUGGGCAGCGCGGGCGCGUUAUGAACAGGGGUGGAGGCAACGCCAGAACACCCCGCCCUCCCUCCGCCUGCCAGCGCCGCCAGCCAACCCGCUGGCACCAACAGAACCAGCACAGCAGCUGGGCCAACCAGAACCAGCGCCCCCCGCCUCCUCUCUCCUACAGCAGCCAGCCUCCCCCGAGCCCCGCCCCCGACCCGGAAUUCCAGAGAAAGCAGGUCCAGUUCUUGACGGGUCAGAACUACGAGGCCCCUCAGUUCUGGAGACAGCCUGGCACCCCAAGUCUUGAGCCUGGUAGGAAAGCUCUGUACGACAGAGGGGGUCCCAGUCACCCUCCUGCUUCCUCUACUGCUCAGCCUCCGAGAUACCCAGCUUCUCCGAACCAGAGCCCUAAUAACUCCUACAGCCACCCCCACCCUCACCACCACCCCUACCCCCAGCCUCAGCCUGGAGCCCCCCGAUACUGCCCCCCACCGAAAAGCUACGUCCGCCCCCCGCGCCAGUUCUUCCACCAGAACCACUACGUUCAAAACCAGAAGGGGCCGCCCCCCUCCAACGUCCGAUCGCUGACCGCCGGCUUUCGGAACCUGAGCUUGGGUCCCGGGAGAGACGUCCGGCAGGAGAUCCUGACGGUUUUGGGGCGCCUCCGUCCUGGGGAGACCUUGCCAGCCCGCUCGGUCGCCAAGCAGCUGGGAAUCAAGAAGAAGGAGGCGAAUCAUUAUCUGUACAAGCUAGAGGGGGAAGGGAGAGCCAGGAAACAGGACGAGAGCCCCCCGAAUUGGAGCCUGGUGGCUGGGGAGGCGAGUGGCGGCAGCAGCGACCGCGGGAGCGGGAGAUUCGGUAACGAGGGUUCGGCAGACCCGAGGGGUGCGGUCAACAGGCCUGACAUCAGAAACAGGGAGUCUGUCUGCGUGGAAGAAGAGAGAGGAGAUUGCGAGGCGGAAUUAGAAGGCAGCGCCUUCAGCGAAGGAGAAGAAGACUUGGAAGAAAGUUCAUCCGAAGAAGAAGAAGACGAGGAGGAGGACUUCAACAUGGCUGAAACUCGGGAGCGGAUCUGCGAGUAUCUGUACAAGUCCGGCAUGUCCACCCCGCUGGUCAUCGCCAAAAACCUGGGGCUCCGGACCGCAAAGCAGGUGAACCCCUCGCUCUACUACCUGGAGAAGAAGGGAGAGGUGAAGAAGGACGCGGGCGCCAGCCCCCCAGCCUGGGACCUGAGCGACAAGAAGAGGGAGCUCAUGGAUCGGCACAGGAGAGCCGGUCUCAACAGCCCCGCCCCCAGUUCCCGCCCCCCUCCUCCGCCUCACUCCUUCUACGACAGCGCGGAGAACGGGCAGUGGGCCUCGGAUGACAUCCCGGAGUUUCUGAACGCGAUCGGGGCGGGCGGGGGGGCCGGGGGGGCGGGCGGCAUCGCUCAGGAGCCGGGCCCGGGGGAGAAGCUGCUGGAGCUCCGGGGGAAGAACCCGGUGAGCGGGCUGAUUGAGUUCGCACAGCACACGGGCCAGAACUGCGACUUCCAUCUGCUGGAGCAGAGCGGACCCUCCCACGACCCACGGUUCCGGAUGCAGGUGGUCCUGGGGGGCCGCAGGUUCCCGGUGGCCGAGGCGUCCAGCAAGAAGACGUCGAAGAAGGACGCGGCGGCCAUAGCGAUGAGGGUCCUGCUGAGAGAGGCGGGGGGCGGAGGGGGCGACGAGACCCCCGGGAACCAAACGCACUCCCCGGAGACCUCUGCAGCACCAAUCGAGCCCGUGGCGGAGGCGGACCCUGACCCUGUCCAGUCCACCAGGUGUGUGCCGAUCGGGAAGAAUCCCGUCAGCAUGCUCAUGGAGUACGGACAGAAAUCGGGGAACUCCUGCGAGUUCCUCUCGGUGUCGCAGUCGGGACCCGCACACGACCCCCGGUUCACUUUCCGGGUGCGUGUCGGGGAGCAGCUCUUCCCCCCUGUGGUAGCGAACAACAAGAAGCUGGCCAGGCAGCUCUCCGCGGAGGCAGCAGUGCAGGUCCUGAUGGAGGAGAACCCCCAAAACUUCUUCACAGUCAAGCAGCAGCAGCAGCAGCAUCAGGUAAGCUUCGAGCCCCAGGCCCCAGCCCCCACGCUGAGCCCCUGCCCCUCGCUGGCCCCCCUGACCGUGCAGGAGCUGGAAGCGGCCCACGCGGCCGGGGUCGGUGACCUCAUCAACUACCUCAACAAGAACGCCAUCAGCGGCCUGCUGGAGUACGCGCGCUCCAAAGGGUUCGCCGCUGAGAUCAAGCUGGUGCAUCAAGCAGGACCGCCGCACGACCCCAAAUUCACGUACCAGGCGAAGGUUGGGGGUCGCUGGUUCCCCCCUGUGUGUGCCAACAACAAGAAACAAGGCAAGCAGGAGGCUGCAGACGCUGCUCUGAGAGUGCUGAUCGGAGAGGCAGAGAAGGCAGUGCGGACUGGAGAGUUCAUAAUGGAGCUCCCGGUGAGUGGCAGUACCCUGCAUGAUCAGAUUGCCAUGCUGAGUCACCAGCGGUUCAACGCUCUGACUGCCCGGAUCCAGCACUGCCUGCUGGGGCGCAAGAUCCUGGCCACCUUCGUCAUGAAGAUAGGGGAGGAGCACCUGGGCACCGUGGUCAGCAUGGGCACCGGUAACCGCUGUGUUAAAGGGGAGGAGCUGAGCCUUAAAGGGGACACUGUUAACGACUGCCACGCAGAAAUCAUCUCCCGGAGAGGAUUCAUCAGGUUCCUGUACAGCGAGCUGUUGAAGUACGACCCGGCGUCGAAUGAGGGCAGCAUCUUUGAGCCUUCGGAAGGAGGGAAGGUUCGAGUGAAGAAGGGGAUCACCUUCCACCUCUACAUCAGCACUGCCCCCUGUGGAGACGGCGCUCUGUUUGAUAAGUCCUGCAGUGAUCUCCCAGCACCCCAGGGGUCCUGCCAGCAUCAGCCUCUCUUCGAGAACAUCAAGCAGGGCAAACUGCGCACCAAAGUGGAGAACGGAGAGGGCACUAUCCCGGUGGAGUCGAGCGACAUCGUGCCCACGUGGGAUGGGAUCCAGCACGGGGAGCGACUCCGCACCAUGUCCUGCAGCGACAAGAUGCUGCGCUGGAACGUGCUGGGCCUGCAGGGGGCGCUGCUCACACACUUCACUGAGCCCGUCUACCUGAGCUCCGUCACCCUGGGCUACCUGUACAGCCACGGUCACCUGACCAGAGCCGUGUGCUGCCGGAUGUCACGUGACGGCGACGCUUUCAAACAGUCCCUGCCAACGCCCUUCACUGUCAAUCACCCGCAGGUGGGGCGUGUCAGCGUGUACGACUCGAUCCGACACACCGGCAAGACGAAGGAGUCGAGUGUGAACUGGUGCCUCUCCGAUGAUCUCAGUGUGGAGGUGCUGGACGGGACCAAGGGCAAAGUGGACGGUGUGAAGCUGGCCGUGUCUCGCGUUUCGAAGAGCAGUUUGUUCCAGCUGUUCCGGGCGCAGUGCUCCCGCGCGGGGAGGGGGGACCUGCUGGCCCUCCCCUCGUACCGGGACGCCAAGCAAGCCGCCCAGCCCUUCCAGAGAGCCAAGGAGAGCUUCGUGAGAGCCCUGCAGGACAUGAGCUACGGGAACUGGAUCUGCAAGCCAGUGGAGGAGAAGAGCUUCAGCUACGACGAGGUCUAGAGAGAGAGAGGGGGGAGGGGGAGAGAGGGGGCCCUGAAUCUCACCCAAAUCCUGACCCUCACCCCCUUUCCUGGGCAGUGUACUAAACCCCCCCUCUACUGUAGACCGCGAGGAAACUGAAUCGGCCCAUAGAAAGCUUUGUGGAGGAGCAUUUCUAAGCAGUUUGUGCUUGAAAAUGCAACCCCCUACUCCCCUUGCAAACGAGUGGCUUGGAGUCCUUGUAUAUAUGACGGAUCCGCACUGUGUUCUGCUGUUUCAUAGUUAUGUUUAUUUUCCAGACAUGGGACCCAUAAGACCUCCCGCCCAAUUGCAGAGCAGUUUGAUCCAGUCCUGGUUUCACUGUGAGUUUAAUAAUCAGACACACCUGAGCUUGUUAGUUACACACUGGGGCUGAUCAAGCUGGUUGUAAAACCUGGACUGGGUGACACUGCUGUGCAAUAGGAGUCUUAUUCCCAUGCCUGUACUGUGAUCUUAAUUUUGCUUUAAAAAAAGCAAAUAUAUAUCUUAUUGGACCGAAAGAAAAUGGGACAGUACCCCCUCCCCCCCGCCCUCCCCCUCCCAUCUCCUAGAACAAUUAACUACCCCUUCUCAGUUUUAAAAAAACUAAAAAACUAACAAAAAAAACUGUUGUAUAUCGUAUUCUAAUGUUGCAUUCCUUAAUACCGUGUUGUCAAGCAAGCGCCUCAGUUCAUCUACCCUCCCAACCCUUAGCUCCGGAAGCGUGCGUGUGCGUGUGCGUGUGGUGGAAUGGGUGUUAACUAACAUCGUACAGCUGUCAGGGACGGGAAUCGGACUCCUAUUGCACAGCAGCGUCACCCAGUCCAGGUUUCACUGCUACCAGCUUGAUCAGCCCCAGUGUGUCUAGGUAAUAAGCUCAGCUGUAUCUUAUUAAACUCCUAGUGAAACCAGGAAUGGAUCAAACCGCUAUGCAACAGAAGUCUUAUUCCCAUCCCAGUAGGUAGAUAGUCGUUGGUUGAAGGAGGGUUUUAGCUGAUUUUAUAGAAGACAGCGACAGUGUAUUGGUGGUAGCAGUGAGACAGAUAGAUCAGGGAUGGAAGCAAGACUCCCAUUGCACAGCAGUGUCACCCAGUCCAGGUUUCACUGCUACCAGCUUGAUCAGCCCCAGUGUGUCUAGCUAACAAGCUCAGGUGUGUGUGAUUAUUAAACUCCUAGUGAAACCAGGACUGGAUCACACUGCUGUGCAGCGGGAGUCUGAUUCCCAUCCCAGGGACUGGGGGGCUGGUUAGGGUAUGUAUUGUGCAUGCUCUGUGUACUCUUUGUGAGACCGUGUGGAUACGAAGCAAUCCUUUUAUUUUUUAUGUAAAUUUUAUAUUUCGAUUUUGAAACUGAGUUGAUAGCAAUGUGAGUUAAUUGAAUUGCACAGGAUCUGACCGGCCGAGAGUCCCGAGGAAAGCUGUGAUGCUUUCUGUGCGCGACACAUCAUUAUGAGAAGCGUGGGUCGCGUUACAAGACCACAGCACAGCUCGGCACAGCUCGGCACAGCUCGGCACAGCUCAGCACAGCUCACCAAGAGAAUCCCGAUGUGAAGGAGCAGUGCGUUCGAUAGCUGGGGAUGAAUAGACACUCUCUCGCGAGCUCCAGUAGUUUUAUUUUUUGUCUUUUAACAAAAUGGUCCAUCGUUCAAGCAUCCUUUUUGAUCUACAGUGAUCCUUAGUGUUUCUCUAGUAACUAUGUUAGUAUUGGUCGUGCGUUUUGUUUUGUUUUCCAGUUGCUGGAUUCAUAGCUGGGCGGAGCAAUGACAAGGGCAGAAAUAUUUUUAAUUUUUAAUAUAUUUUCUUGUUUUUUGUGGAUGUUGACCGUGUUUUGGAUGCUGGGUGUGUGUUUUUUUACUGGAGUGGAAACUCAGUUUAGAAGCUGCAUUGUUGGCUAAACCCCAGGUCUGGAUUAAAUCUAAAUUAUGGCGGGUGCCAUCGCCGUAUAGUAUUUCUAUGGCAGCGCCUUAACAUUUAAUUUAGACCCCAGUUCUGCCGAAAUGUCAUCAAGUGUGGUUUAAUAAAGGUUAUAAAUUGUAUCUACUAGAAUUACAAAUACACACAACACUCGAUCCAUCGUUUUUAGGGUGCGGUUUCUUAUUUCGUAUCGAGGCUCCCUAAAAUAAAAAGCGUCCUGAAGGUUCUAUGUUUGCAGAAUUCAUAAGUUCUGUUUUUAGAGGUUUUGCGGUUUAACUUAAUUUUAGUUUAUCAAAACAGUUUUAGUUUGAGAGAGAAUUUAAAUUACAGGUUUUAAAAAAAAUACAUGCUCCAAAAAAAACAAAACAGUGACAGAGUGGCCUGUCUUCAAACUAGGACAGCGGCGCUUCGUGGGUUAAUAAUGUGUUGGGCUGAUGAGCGAGACUUUCCUGGACAGCGCGCAAGGGGUUAAGUGCGAGACUGUCGCAGGAAAGUCAGUUAUGUGUGUUUAUUGUGUUUUUAUUUGGUGUUUUUUUUCAUUGCUUAUAAAUAUGGUUUUAAACUCUAGAGAGUUCGCUGAUGUACUCUGAUUUUUUUUAAUUUUUAUUGUUUUUUUCUAAUCCCUUUUUUUAUUUUAUUUUAUUUUUAAGAGGCCAGGCUGGUAUGGAAUCUGUAACACUUGGUUGUAGAGUUUUUGUUUUUAUUAAUAAAAUUAAAAAAAAAUAAAUAAUAAUUAUUUGA